AUGUCUGACAGAGCACUAACCAACCAAUCAGCUCCGGCUCUGGCUGUUGUGUGCCCCCCUCCUCUCCUACCCAGCCCCCCCGCCCUCUAUCUGACUUACUUCAAUGACAAAGCUGGUUCUUCCUGCAGUAAGUGGGACACGGGCAUAAACCAGGGAGGCAUCAGCCCAUUGUUCGCGAAUCUAAAUUUACAGAAUCUCGCCUCCUGUAUCCGCGCCAAGACACAGAGCAGAGAGAGAACCCGUGACAUAACCCUCGCUCACGCACACGCCACAGAGACACCACAGCAGCAGCAGCGCGGCAUGAGCUUCUGA